AUGGAUGCCGACCAUCGCGCAUUCGAGGCACAGGCCGAGAACAUGUCUUCCCGCCAGGAAUUCUCGGCUUAUACUACAACUACCAGUAGUCACCACAAUGAAUUUCACACCGAACCUUCCAAUGUUCAAUCCGGAGUGUCUGGUCAAGAGACCAAUGGACACGCUCACGUCGAUACCUUCACCAACAACCAUGAUGACGUCGCCACCACCGAGGAGAUCAAUCGCCAGACCGAGGCCCUAGACCCGAUCUCCACCAGCUCUUCUAAUUCUAGUUCUCAUGACAGCGUCGAGGGCCGUUGGGGCGAGAAGGAGGCGGGCGAGCCCGUCUCCCGCCGCGGUGCUAUGGAAGAUUUGGAGGAAAUGCGCCGCGAGUUGACCCGCCUCAGCUUGCACCGCACCCGCUCCACCGCCCCCAAGAGUGCGCGUCGCCUGAAGUCCCGCGCCAGUCGCAAGGAUGAAGAGAAGGCCCUAGACGAGGAGUCGACCGAUACUGAGGACACGGGCUUCGACCUGGCCGAAUUCCUCCUUGGCGGUCAUCUGGAGCGCCGAACGACCGCCGGCGAGCCGGCAAAGAAGGUUGGUGUCGUCUUUAAGAACCUGACUGUUCAGGGUAUUGAGACUGGUGCUUCAUUCGUGCGGACUUUGCCGCACGCUGUUGUCGGCACCUUUGGCCCGGAUCUGUAUAACCUCAUCUGCGCGUGGGGGAAGAAGCCUCCCGUUCGGAACCUCAUCAAUGAUUUCAACGGUGCUGUACGUGAGGGCGAGAUGAUGUUGGUGCUAGGCCGCCCCGGUGCCGGAUGUACCACCUUCCUCAAGGCAAUCUCAAACGACCGCGCUUCCUUCGCGGCCGUCACUGGUGAUGUCAGCUAUGGUGGUCUCUCGGCACAGGACCAGCACAAGCACUUCCGUGGCGAAGUGAACUAUAACCCCGAGGACGACCAGCAUUUCCCGUCGCUCACGGUCUGGCAAACGCUCAAAUUCUCGCUGAUCAACAAGACUCGCAAGCAUGAUCGCGACAGCAUCCCCGUCAUCAUUGAUGCGCUGCUGAAGAUGUUCGGCAUUAGCCACACCAAAAACACUCUGGUUGGUAACGAGUAUGUCCGCGGUGUCUCUGGUGGUGAGCGGAAGCGUGUUAGUAUCGCCGAGACUCUGGCUACCAAGUCGUCGGUUGUUUGCUGGGAUAACUCGACCCGCGGUCUGGAUGCAAGCACUGCUCUCGACUACGCCAAGUCUUUGCGUAUCAUGACCGACGUCAGCAAGCGAACCACCCUGGUCACUCUGUACCAGGCUGGUGAGAGCAUUUACGAGCUCAUGGAUAAGGUGAUGGUCAUCGACCAGGGCCGUAUGCUUUACCAGGGUCCGGCCAACGAAGCCCGACAGUACUUCAUCGACCUUGGAUUCCACUGCUCGGAGCAGUCGACCACCGCUGACUUCCUGACUUCGCUAUGCGACCCCAACGCCCGCCAGUUCCAGCCCGGCCGUGAGGCCUCGACCCCCAAGACUGCUGAGGAGCUCGAGCGGUUGUUCAAGAACAGCGACACCUACAAGUACAUCUGCAAUGAUCUCAGCAACUACGAGAAGCGCCUCGAGGAAACACAGUUGGAGGAUACCCGCCGUUUCCAGAAGACAGUCGCCCAGUCUAAGAGUAAGACCGUCUCGAAAAAGUCGCCUUACACUGUUUCCCUCGUCCGUCAGGUUGCAGCUUGUGUCAAGCGCGAGUUCUGGCUGCUGUGGGGCGACAAGACCUCUCUCUACACCAAAUACUUCAUUAUCAUCUCCAAUGGUCUCAUCGUCGCUUCUCUCUUCUAUGGAGAGUCUCUGAAUACCAGCGGCGCCUUCUCGCGUAGCGGUGCCCUGUUCUUCUCUAUUCUAUUCCUUGGCUGGCUGCAAUUGACCGAGCUGAUGCCCGCUGUCACUGGCAGAGGCAUCGUGGCCCGGCACAAGGAUUACGCUUUCUACCGUCCAUCUGCUGUGUCAAUCGCUCGUGUGGUCGUUGAUUUCCCGGCUAUUUUCUGCAUGGUUGUUCCCUUUACGAUUAUCGUCUACUUUAUGACUGGUUUGGAUGUGACUGUUUCCAAGUUCUUCAUCUAUUUCCUGUUCGUGUACACGACGACUUUCUGUAUCACAUCGAUGUACCGCAUGUUUGCCGCUCUGUCGCCAACUAUCGAUGACGCGGUGCGAUUCGCUGGUAUCGCUCUGAACCUGUUGAUUCUCUUCGUCGGCUAUGUGAUUCCCAAGCAGACUUUGAUCGGCGAAUCUAUCUGGUUCGGAUGGCUAUUCUACGUCAACCCGAUCUCAUAUAGUUAUGAGGCCGUCUUGUCUAACGAAUUCGCUGGUCGUACCAUGCAGUGUGCUCCCUCGCAGCUUGUCCCCCAGGGGCCCGGCGUUGAUCCCAACUACCAGGGUUGUGCCUUGACUGGUUCUUCCCUGGGGCAGAAAACGGUCCCUGGCGCUCAGUAUCUAUCGGUGAACUUCCAAUUCACCCGUCACCACCUAUGGCGCAACUUUGGUGUCGUCAUUGCUUUCACUGUGCUGUAUAUUCUGGUCACCAUAUGGGCCGCCGAGUUCCUCUCAUUUGUUGGCGGCGGUGGCGGCGCCUUGGUCUUCAAGAAGUCCAAGCGUGCUAAGAAAAUCACUGCCCAGACCGGCAAGGAGAAUGAUGAGGAGAAGGUCGCCGACCUGAACGAUGAUGCCGCUCGUGCUCGCGGCGAAUCGCCCUCUUCCGGAGACGACGCUGCUUUCAACCGGCUGUCGUCCAGCGAGCGGUGCUUCACCUGGUCCGACGUCGAGUACACUGUCCCCUAUGGCAAUGGAACUCGAAAGCUGCUGAACAAGGUCAAUGGAUUCGCCAAGCCUGGUGUUAUGAUUGCUCUUAUGGGUGCCUCUGGUGCUGGUAAGACUACUUUGCUUAACACUUUGGCCCAGCGCCAGAAGAUGGGUGUCGUCAAGGGCGAUAUGCUUGUGGAUGGUCACCCUCUGGGAGCCGACUUCCAGCGUGGCACUGGUUUCUGUGAACAAAUGGACCUGCACGACAAUACCUCGACCAUCCGCGAAGCUUUCGAGUUCUCAGCUAUCCUUCGUCAAGACCGCAGCACUCCCCGCCAGGAAAAGAUCGACUACGUCAACCGGAUUAUCGACCUUUUGGAGCUCGAGGAAAUACAGGAUGCCAUCAUCGGGUCCCUUAACGUUGAGCAGAAGAAGCGUGUAACUAUUGGUGUCGAACUGGCCGCCAAGCCUUCCCUGCUUCUGUUCCUUGAUGAGCCCACCAGUGGUCUGGAUAGUCAAGCUGCUUUCUCCAUUGUCCGAUUCCUGAAGAAGCUGUCUCAGGCUGGCCAGGCUAUCGUGUGUACCAUCCACCAGCCCUCGUCCAUGCUCAUCCAGCAGUUCGACAUGAUCCUGGCCCUCAACCCCGGUGGUAACACGUUCUACUUCGGACCCGUGGGCAUGGAGGGUGCCGCCGUGAUCAAGUACUUCGCCGAUCGUGGCUUCGUCUGCCCGCCGAACAAGAAUGUCGCCGAGUUCAUCCUGGAAACCGCCGCCAAGGCCACCGAACGCGACGGCAAGAAGGUCGACUGGAACGAGGAAUGGCGCUCUUCGCAACAGAACCGCGAGAUGCUGGAAGAGAUCGAGCGCAUCAGGACCGAGCGCAGCAAGAUACCCAUCGAGGAUAGCGGUAGCUCAACAUACGAGUUCGCCGCUCCCACCGCAAUCCAGAUCGAACUUCUCACCAAGCGUCUGUUCACGCAGUACUGGCGCGAUCCCUCAUACUACUACGGCAAACUAUUCGUCAGCGUGAUCAUCGGUAUCUUCAACGGCUUCACCUUCUGGAUGCUGCCGAACACCGUGGCAAGCAUGCAAGACCGCAUGUUCUCAUGCUUCGUGAUCAUCCUGAUCCCGCCGAUCGUCCUGAACUCUGUCGUACCCAAGUUCUACAUCAACCGCGCCCUAUGGGAAGCCCGUGAAUACCCAUCCCGUAUCUACGGCUGGGUCGCCUUCUGCACGGCCAACGUCGUCUGUGAAAUCCCCGCCGCCAUCAUCACCGGUCUCGUCUACUGGCUGCUGUGGUACUACCCCGUGGGUCUGCCCACCGACUCCUCGUCAGCAGGCUACGUCUUCCUCAUGUCGAUGCUCUUCUUCCUCUUCCAAGCCUCCUGGGGCCAAUGGAUCUGCGCUUUCGCUCCCUCAUUCACCGUCAUCUCCAACGUGCUACCCUUCUUCUUCGUCAUGAUCAACUUGUUCAACGGUAUCGUUCGCCCCUACGCAGAUUACCCCGUUUUCUGGAAGUACUGGAUGUAUUACGUCAACCCCGUCACCUGGUGGCUGCGCGGUGUUCUAUCCUCCGUCCUUCCCUCCGUGCAAAUCCGGUGCGCCGCAGAGGAGUACACGCGCUUCAAUCCGCCCCCUGGAAAGACUUGUGGCGAAUACGCCGGCAACUUUGUUCAGAAUCUCGCCGGCGUUGGAUACCUGAAUGAUCCUAAUGCCACUCAGAACUGCGAGUACUGCCCUUACUCCACUGGCUCAGAGUACAUGGCCAACCUGAACGUCCACGCCGGUGACAAAUGGCGCUGCUUCGGUAUUUUCCUCGCCUUUGUCAUCAUCAACUGGGCACUUGUCUACUUCUUCAUCUACACUGUCCGUGUCCGUGGCUGGGGCUUCGGUCUGGGUUAUGUGUUCGGACUGGGUGGUAUGAUCGUUGAUGCUAUCAAGAAGCCAUUCCAGAAGAAGGCGGCAGAGCAAUGA